GCGAACUAGCUACAUUUGACAUGAGGAGGGACCUGGGUUUGUAGUAGCCAGUCAGAAGUACUUUCUGAAAACAUAAAGUCACAAUGAAUAUACUCUUUUGAAGUGCCUAUUUACUGUAUGUGACAUUAAUGUAAAUGCGAUUUUUUGAACCCACGUACUUACACCAUGUUCAGGUCAACGAGAACCAUUUUAAAGAAACUUAGACAUUUGAGUUUUCAAGGACGAAAGCCGUGGAGGUAUAGCAGUCAUAACGCUACCUCUGCGAGAGAGCGCGCACUCGGCUACGAAGUCGGACAGCAAAUCCAUGGCUUCACAGUUAAAGAGGUGACACCGGUGCCGGAUUUAUGCCUCACCGCUGUCAAGCUGACCCACGACAGCACCGGUGCGCAGUACCUGCACGUGGCGCGCGAUGAUUCCAACAACCUCUUCAGCGUCCAGUUUCGGACGACCCCGAUGGACAGCACGGGGGUACCCCACAUACUGGAGCACACCGUGCUCUGUGGGUCACAGAAGUACCCCUGCAGGGACCCCUUCUUCAAAAUGCUCAACCGCUCGCUGUCCACCUUCAUGAACGCCUUCACUGCCAGUGACUACACCAUGUAUCCGUUUUCCACCCAGAACAGUAAAGAUUUCCAGAACCUUCUGUCUGUCUAUCUGGAUGCCAUGUUUUUCCCAUGCCUUCGAGAGCUGGAUUUUUGGCAAGAAGGCUGGAGGCUAGAAAAUGAGAACCCUACAGACCCAAGCACCCCAAUUGUCUUCAAAGGAGUCGUCUUCAACGAAAUGAAGGGUGCAUUCUCGGACAGCGAGCGCUUGUACGCACAGCAGCUGCAGAACAAGCUGUACCCGGACCACACAUACGCGGUGGUGUCGGGUGGAGAGCCGCUGGCCAUCCCCGACCUCUCCUGGGAACAGCUGAAACAGUUCCACGCCACCCACUAUCACCCCAGCAACGCACGGUUUUUCACGUAUGGAGAUCUGCCCCUGGAGCGGCACCUGAAGCAGAUCCAGGAGGAGGCGCUGUCCAAGUUCGAGCGCAUCGAACCCGACACCUCUGUCCCGUCUCUAACGCACUGGGACAGACCUAAAGAGGAUCAUGUGACCUGUGGCCCAGACGCGCUCGCCCCAGACCCCGCCAAGCAGAACACGCUGUGUGUCAGCUACGUUCUGGGAGACAUCACAGACACGUUUGAGGCCUUCACUCUGAGCCUGCUGUCCAGCCUGAUGGUCUCCGGCCCGAACUCGCCCUUCUACAAGGCCCUGAUCGAACCCAAGUUUGGAUCCGACUUCUCCUCCGUCGUAGGGUACGACGGCAGCACUAAAGAGGCCUCCUUCAGCAUCGGCCUGCAGGGAAUGGCCGAAGAGGACAUCGAGAGCGUGAAGCAGAUCAUCAGCCAAACCAUCGAUGACAUCAUUGCCCACGGUUUCGAGGAGGAGCAGAUCGAGGCCCUGCUCCACAAGCUGGAGAUCCAGAUGAAGCACCAGUCCACCAGCUUUGGCCUCACUCUGGCCUCGUACAUCGCUUCCUGUUGGAAUCACGACGGUGACCCGGUGGAGCUGAUGAAGAUCAGCGACAGCGUGGCGCGGUUCAGACGUUGUCUGCAAGACGACCCGCUCUACCUGCAGGACAAAGUCAGGAAGUACUUCAAGGAGAACACCCACAGGCUGACGCUGUCCAUGAGCCCUGACGAGGGUUUCUACGAGAAGCAGGCCCACGCCGAGCGGGAGAAGCUGCAGCAGAAGAUCCAGGACCUGUCCGACAGCGACAGGAAAGACAUCUACGAGAAGGGUUUACAGCUGCUGUCGGUGCAGAGCUCGCCUCAGGACGCGUCCUGUCUCCCCGCGCUCAAAGUGUCCGACAUCGAGCCCGCGGUCGCCGCUACGCCCGUGGAGAUGGGCACCGCAGGGGGAGUGCCAGUGCAGUACUGCGAGCAGCCCACCAAUGGGAUGGUGUAUUUCCGAGCGAUGUGCAGCCUCAAUACCCUGCCGGAGGACCUGAAGGAAUACGUCCCCCUCUUCUGCAACGUCAUUACCAAGCUGGGCUGUGCAGAGCUGGAUUACAGGCAGCAGUCUCAGCAGAUUGAACUGAAGACGGGGGGAAUGUCUGUCAGCCCACAGGUCACCCCCGACACUGCUCACCUGGACACGUACGAGCAGGGGGUCCUCCUCACCUCUUCCUGUUUGGAGAGGAACCUGCCGGAUAUGUUUCACUUGUGGAGUGACAUAUUCAACAGUCCUCACUUCGAUGAUGAGGAGCGCCUGCGCGUUCUGGUGAUGAUGGCCGCUCAGGAGCUGUCCAAUGGGAUCUCUUACUCGGGUCACAUGUACGCCAUGAGCAGCGCCGGCCGCACGCUCACGCCCAGCGGGGACCUGCAGGAGACGUUCGGCGGGAUGGACCAGGUGAAGUUCAUGAAGAGGAUCGCAGAGAUGUCAGACUUGUCGUCAGUGCUGAGGAAGUUGCCCAGGAUUAAGAGAUACCUCUUCAGCAGGGAGAACAUGAGGUGUGCGGUUAACGCUACGCCUCAGAAGAUGUCGGACACCUCCUCAGAGGUGGAGAAGUUCAUAAACAACGUUUCCAUCAGGAAGAAGGAGAGGAAACCAGUCCGGCCGCACAUUGAGGAGAAGCCGCUGGACCCGUCUGGGAGUGCAGGCAGCCGGAAGCUGGUUUCUGAGCCCCACUUUAAGCCGUGUCAGCUGAAGAGUUAUUUCCAGCUCCCGUUUCCGGUGAACUUUGUGAGCGAGUGCGUGCGCACCGUCCCCUUCUCUGACCCGGACUACGCCAGCCUGUGCGUGCUCGGGCGCAUGAUGACCGCCAAGUUCCUGCACGGCGAGAUCAGGGAGAAGGGCGGAGCCUAUGGGGGCGGGGCCAGGAUGGGGCGUGGCGGACUGUUCUCAUUCUACUCCUACAGAGACCCCAACGCGGUGCAGACGCUGUCGGCGUUUCGGGCGGGGGCGGAGUGGGCCCGGGCGGGGUCCUUCGCUCCGCAGGACGUGGACGAGGCCAAGCUCAGCGUCUUCUCCGCCGUGGACGCACCGGUGGCCCCCUCCGAUAAAGGAAUGGACCUGUUCCUGAACGGCAUCUCGGACGAACAGAGACAGGAACACAGGGAGCGGCUGUUCGCCGUCACCGGCAAGAGCCUGACGGACGUGGCCAGCAGGUACCUGGGCAUGGGACAGAGAACGCGCGGAGUAGCCAUUCUGGGUCCCGAAAAUGAAACGAUUAAGAAGGACCCUUCCUGGGUGGUGAAAUAACCGAAUCAUCUCUGGUGCGGUGAAAAACAAAAAGGGUCCCGCGUCUGUUCUCCUGUCACUUAAAACGUCGGUGCGGUGGGCUACUGCAUUCUGGGAACUAAAGAGGUGACACUUCAAAAUCCGGUGUAUUUCAGAGAGCAGAAAACAACGUGACUGACUGGUUAGUGACAGAUUUAUACUCCAUCUGAAGUGUCCCUGAACACUUGACGAGAAAAAACAAAAUGUCCCCCUUUCAGUAACCAGCCAAACUUUGGGUUCAUAUCCACAACUCGGUUCUUUCAUCGUAGCGAUCCUCCAUAGAGCGCCUCCACUCCCAUUGUACCUAUCAGGAGUGUGGAACUGCGUGGCUCAUUGGCCGAAGCGCUUCAGUCUAACAUUAAAUGUUAUUUAUCGUC